AUUUAGCGCAGAUGAUUAUCAAAGCUUCCGUACGUGUGCUGCCAUAUUAAUUAUCAAUUACUUAUGAUGACUCCAACCAGCAAAUAGGAUUAAAUCGGGAACACAUAUUUAUAGUGAUGGCAGAGGAGGAUGAUGAAAGUCAAGAGAAUGAACUACUGGCGCUGAGUAGUAUCUAUACAGAACAUGAGCUCAUCACGACUGAAGACAAUGGCUUACGAAGCGGUCAUUUUAACGCCAAUAUCGAACUACCUGAUUCCUUCGCUGUCCGAUUUCCAGAGUUGGAUAUAGGUGGUGGUGAUGUUGAUGGAAAAGAGAUUGCUGCCGCUGGGUUGGAUGGUGCUGAGUCUAAAACUGCUGUGCAUAAUUUGGAAUAUCUACCUCCCGUUGAGCUUAACUUUGAACUGCCAAAGAAUUACCCAUCCAAGGCGCCUCCUGUGUUCACAUUAUCAGCAAAAUGGUUGAGUUUGAAACAACUGACUGAAUUGUGCAAGAAACUUGACAGGAUAUGGAUUGAAAAUGAAGGAAUGGAAGUGCUUUUUAUGUGGAUCAGUUUCCUGAAAGAUGAAUUAUUAGAUUUUCUUAACCUGUCAUCGCCACUUGACUUAUCCAGUGUUAUACCCUUAAGAAAAAGACUGAGAAGAAAAACAGAAGAAAAUGUGGAUAUUGCAAAUAAUUUGGGGAGCGAUUCUAGUCACCAUGAGAGUAAGGGUAAAGGAAAUUGUUAUGAAUCCAGUUCAAAGAGUACAAGGCAGAAAAAACCUAAAAGUCCCAUUUUUGAUGCUGAAGAAGCACAUAAACGUCGCAAUAAACAAUCACAACCAAUCAGAGAGAGACCUGGUCACGAUAAAGUGAAAAACAACGAUGCUGAAAGAAAUACCAAAUGCAAAGAAUUGACAACUGAUAAUGCAAAAACAAUUGAUGGCGAUAAGCGAACAAACGAUAGAGGACAGAGAUAUGACAAGCGGGCAAUACGAAGCAUUGCCAACCGUCAGGCUCUCCUUCCAGCUUUAAUUGAAUUCAACGAGAUUGAAAAACAAAGAAGAUUUGAGCUCACCUGUUUUACAUGCAGUAUUUGCUUCAGUGAAAAAUACGGGGGACAGUGCUUGAAGUUCUAUGAUUGCGGACACGUUUACUGCCAGGGUUGUAUGGCGGGGUACUUUGAAGUGAUGAUUAAUGAUGGAAAUGUUAAAGCCCUGACGUGUCCAAAUGAUAAAUGUGAAUCGCAAGCUACACCUGCUCAGGUCAAAGAAUUGGUGCCAGUUGAACUAUUUGAGAAAUAUGAUAGACUGCUUCUACAGACCACGCUAGAUACAAUGGCUGAUGUUGUAUAUUGUCCCAGGGUGCAUUGCCAGAGUCCCGUUGUCAAGGAGCCCGACACAACAAUGGGAAGAUGUGCUGCGUGUCAUUACGUCUUCUGUACAUUCUGUAAAUAUGCCUACCAUGGCAUAUCUGCAUGCAAGAUUAAGCCAGAUGAGAUAAAGAAACUGAGGGCUGAAUACAAUGAAGCAAAUGACUUGAAGAAGAAACUAUUAGAGAAGAGAUAUGGCAAGACCAUCAUCAGACAUAUCAUAGAGGAGUCAGAGUCCUUAGAUUGGUUGGACCAGUACAGUAAACAAUGCCCUUCAUGUGGUACAAACAUUCAGAAAAUAGACGGCUGCAACAAGAUGUCCUGCACAAAGUGUAGGAAUUACUUCUGCUGGUUAUGUAUGGCUACACUUAACCAUGGCAACCCGUAUAGUCAUUUCAACUCCCUGGGGUCACCCUGCUUCAAUCAAUUAUUUCAAGGGGUGGAGACUAAUGAGUGGGAGGUGCCUGAAGAGGAACAAGAAAGGAACCUAGAGGAUUGGCAAGAAGAUGUUGAUAUGUUUCUUUUCUGAUGAUUGACAUGUGGGCGGAUCAACUAGUUUUGAUUGACAUUAUUGACAGAUCUAGAAUGUAUGAUUGACAGCCUUUUUGACUUUGAUUCAUUAAGUUUGUUUUGUAAUAUUAGCAGAUUUAGAAUGUGUGAUUGACAGUCCUAAUGACUGAUUAAUUAUGUUAACUGUAAUAUUGGCAGAUAUAGAAUGUGCGACUGACAGUUGUGAUGGCUUUGAUGACAGCUUUAUGUUGCCAAUAAUAUUGGCAGAUCUUCAUGGAAUGUGUAAUUGACAGCCCCAAUGGCUUUGAUUCAUUAUGUUAGUGACUGUCAGGACUUUAAGCUUCAAUUCAUUACUUUGGCUUAAAUAUUGGCAGAUCUAAAAUAAGUGA